CCCGGAUAUCGUUUAUUUACUAGGUUUCAGCAGCAGAGGGCUGCAAGUAUCCUUUCUAUUCUGCAUGUUUGUGUCCUGUAAAGUUUUAACUGAAUUGGUUUUUGCUCUGUUUACUCUCCCGACGGUGUCUUGAACAUUUGUUAGUGCUAACGAAUGUUACUGAGCGUUUAACCUUGAUAUAGACACACUUACUAACAGGUGCUUUAGCCAGGUGAAUGUUGGGAGUUCGAGCCCUGUUUGGAAUCGGUCUUCUUGUGACAUCACGAGGAGGCUCUGUGCUGACACAUACAGGAGCAUGUGCACGUGUUGCCAGUAACAUCUACAGUAAACACAGACAGGCUUGCACUAUGGCUAAUACUAUUAAAUACCUGGGACAAGAAGAGGCUCAGCACAUUGACGAGGAGCUGUUUAAUGACUACAGCUUCAGUGUGGAUCAGCUGAUGGAGUUGGCUGGGCUUAGCUGUGCCACAGCUGUGUCAAAGGGCUAUCCUCUACAAUCACUGCUCAGGAGUCCACCCAGAGUUCUGGUGAUCUGCGGGCCUGGAAAUAACGGAGGAGAUGGCUUGGUUUGUGCUAGACAUCUCAAACUGUUUGGUUAUGAACCAUCUGUAUUGUACCCAAAGCGCCCCAACAAACAGCUGUUUCAGAAUCUUACCACCCAGUGUGAGAAGAUGGAUAUAUCCUUCCUGUCAGAGAUGCCUGAGGCUGAUGUGAUUGAUGAAGCUUAUAACUUGGUGGUGGACGCCAUCUUUGGAUUUAGUUUUAAGGGUGCGGUGCGAGAGCCAUUCGGAGACAUCCUCUCCAAACUAAAGAAAAUCACUGUUCCCAUUGCUAGCGUCGACAUACCUUCAGGCUGGGAUGUGGAGAAAGGCUGUCCUGAUGGGAUUCAGCCUGACAUGCUUAUCUCCCUCACGGCCCCUAAGAAGGCGGCCAAUCACUUCAAAGGACGCUAUCACUUCCUGGGAGGACGAUUCGUUCCUCCUGCACUUGAACAGAAAUACCGGCUGAAUUUGCCUCAAUACCCAGGCACUGACUGUGUUUAUCAGCUGAACUGAACAUUAAGCCUUUCAUCUCACUUUUGUGUCACUAAUCAAAAACACCUGGAAUGAAUAUACUGAUGAGUUAUAAUUGUAUGGUUUACCACUCUGAAUACUUCUUCUGCUUUUGUUUUAAUGGGUAGAUUAAGGAUGUUUAAAGAUAUUGACUCUUUAGUGCCAAGAUUGUUAGAGAAUGUUUCAAGAAACAACUCUGAUAGUUAAGCAUUUAUAAAAACCUCAAUAUAAAAUAAAUAAAAAAUAUUUAAUUCUA